AUGAAAUCUACUUGGCCUAUCGCUGUCUCAGGAACAGGCCCACUCAACCGUGCUCAUGGUAUUCAAGUCUUACCAAUUCUAUGGAGACAAGGUAUCUUAUUCGGAAAUGAUCCUACAGAUGAUAAGAGUACCCUUGAAUCCGAUAUGGGCUUACCUGAUGCUGAUGACGGUUGUCCAACCAUUGACGAAAUUACCUUGGAUGGUGCACCCAAUAUUCGUACUCUCGUCUCAGAUGUCUUUUUAGACAUUCCUCUGUAUUUAACAAGUAGAUAUCACAGUCAAAUGAUUCAUAUCGUGACAAAGGAAGUCAAUCGUGUUUACAAGUUGUUUAUCCAAAAAAACCCAGAGUUCUUGCCAAAUAAUGGACAAGUAUCAAUUUUGGCCCAUUCACUUGGAUCCCUGUUAGCAUUGGACAUUUUGAGCGCUCAACCAUUUACAGGAGCCCAAUUAUCCAACGUAAAAAACGCAGCCAUCAUCACCGAAAAGAAGACAGAUACGCUCGAUUUCCCAGUGAAAAAUUAUUUUGCCAUCGGUUCUCCACAGGGUAUGAUCAUGAUCUUGAGAGGACAUAAAAUGGUAUCACGUAAAACAUUGGCAUCCACCCCUAUAGACCAUCACACCUACAGUGAGAAGGCAGCUCCCGUCUCCUUUAUUUAUCCUGCCGCAGACAACAUUUACAACAUCUUUCAUAAAUCAGAUCCCGUUGCCUAUCGUCUGGAACCGUUGGUCGUACGUCAUUAUGGAUCGAAAUUAAAACCGUUUCCCAUACCUUAUAUCAAGGGUGGGCUCAAAAGUGUACUCGAUCAUGGAUAUAACGUCACCCAUGAUUUUGCCAAUCGCGCCGGGGCCAUGUUUGAAUCCAUCAGGACAGGAUUCACAGGUAGUUUAUUCAUGCGUGGUCUAGGAUUCUCAAAACCCGUGAUGGAAGGUACACCUGCAGAAACAGAGUUACCAUCCCGUUCGCUUUCGGAUCCAGCCUUGCUCGCUUCCCGUGCAGAAGCCAAAAGUGCCGCUAAACUCAAGGCCCUUAAUCCGAACGGUCGUCUUGAUUUUUAUCUACAGGAAGGUUUACUGGAAAACACAUACAUUAGUGCUCUUAGUGCUCAUAUGUCCUACUGGCAAGACGUCGACGUCGCUGGUUUCCUCAUUAGAGAAGUCUAUAAAAAUCAGCAACUAGAACAAGAGGCACAAAAAACUUGA